AUGCGAGCGCUCGCGCGUCGCGCGUCGUCGACGACGCAUCGACCCCCGAGCGCGCGCGCGCGCCGUCGACGCGUCGCCACGCGCGCGUCGGUGAUCGAUGUCCCCGAUCUCGUGGUGACACUUCGCGCGAUCGCAACCGCGGGCUGCGACAUCAUCCGCGACGUCACCGCGCGUGGAGACCUGCGCACGCGUGAUAAGGGCGGUGACGUCACCGCGUCGGGUGCCUACGUCGCGGACGCGCAGACGGAGGCGGAUAGACGGGUGGAGGCGAUGGCGGUGGCGACGAUGAUGAAGUAUCACCCGAACGCGCGCGUGGUGGCGGAGGAGAGUUUCGAGCGCGCGUGCGAGACGGAUGCGUCGGCGGCGUUGGAACUGACGGCGACGAUGCGGCGAGCGAGUGAGGACGAACGGAAUGGAUGGGCGAGGGAGCUCCGGAGGGGGGUGGAGGCGUCGCGGGUGGCGGUGUAUCACGAUCCGUUGGACGGGACGAAUGAGUACGCGGCGGGCGAGCGGCGGGCGAUCACGGUGCUGUUCGGUGUGGCCGUGGAUGGGGUUCCCGUGGCGGGGGUGAUCGGGCAACCGUUUUACGCGCGUGAAGGGGAUGGGGAGACGCUCGGGCGGGUGGUGUGGGGGGGGGCGGGGAUGGGCGUGCGCGGGUUGGACGUCGCGGAUGGAUACGAGGCGCCGCCGCCGCCGCCGCGCGGCGAGCACGUGGUGGCGGUGAAUCGGAACAUUCGGGAGAAUCGUCAGGCGCCGGUGCUCGAGGCUUUGAAAUCGCGCGUGGACGUCCUGAUCAGCGCCACGGGGUAUCAUUAUUUGACGCUUCUGGAACGACGCGCGCACUCGGCGCUGUUACUGCGCAAGGCGUCGAAGAAGUGGGACACGUGCGCCGGGGAGGCUCUGCUCCGAGCGACCGGGGGGAUAGUCACCGACACGGUGGGAAGACGGUACGAUUACACGUACAAUCUGGACGCCGUCCCGAACCUAAGUGGCAUGGUCGCGAGCUCGGACGUGGGGUUGCACUGCGAGAUGACAGCCAUCAUUCGAGACGUGAUCAAGCCUCUGGGUGAGUACCCGUACGACGUCGUCGAUCCGUCGGUGAAGCGAGGCGUGCUAGAGGGUUUGACAACGCCACCGGGAGGCUGGCGCGCGGUCACCGUGGACGUCGGCGGAUGUCUCAUUGAACCCGCCGAGCGCGUGGGCGAUGUAUACGCCAGAAUCGCGAGCGCGCUCGGGUGCGAUCACGUCACGAGCGAGAGCGCGUCGACGCACUUCAAGCAAGCGUUCGCGCUCUAUCGCGGAAAGGAUUGCUGCGAUUGCGAGGCGCUGCGGUAUUACGGAGAUGGGAAAUCCUUCUGGAGAAAAGUCGUCAAUCACGUGCUCACGAGCGCGCUGACGCGUAAAAUCGACGCGAGCACGGUCGAGCGCAUGCUCGACCAUCUGUACGAAUAUUACGAGCGUCCGUCAUCCUGGUACAUCGCGCACGGCGCCGUGGACGCCAUCAGACGUUUACGCCGCUCGGGCGUCCGCGUCGCCGUGGCGAGCAAUUGGGACGCUCGAUUGCCCGAUUUGCUCAAAUCUCUCGGCGUUCACGACGAGUUCGACGCAUUGGUCGUCUCCGCGAACAUCGAGAAAGAGAAACCGAGCACAGAGUUCUUUAACGUUCUCGUCUCCGAGCUCGGCGUCGAUCGGUCAACCGUCCUACACGUCGGCGACGGCGUCCAAAAUGAUUACCAGGGCGCCGCGGCGGCUGGAUUCGGCGCGAGCGUCUUAUGGUCCUCCCGCCCCAUCGACGGCGUCGACCGCCGCUCGCGCGAUUUCAACGAGAUCGCCGACGCCAUUCUACACGCCAACGCCGCGCACGUCCACCAGCGACACUACUUCACGCAUUAA